AUGGAAGAAUUUCCCUGGCAUACGGAUUGUAGCUAUGAGGAAUGCCCACCGCAAUUCUUCGCCCUGCAUGUUCUUCAGCCGGAUACCUGUGGCGGAGGCACUUUGUCCGUUUUGAAAGUUGACCAAUUGCUCGCUCUUCUUUCACCUUUUGCGAAAGAGUGUCUCUUCGCCCCAAAUUAUCUAAUUGCCGUUCCUCCAGAGUUCAAAAAGAGCCCAGAGGAUGAACAUAUCGUUGGGGGGUUACUGGCGACAAGUCCAGAUAAAAAGACCAUCCAGCUUCGUUUCCGCGAAGACAUCAUUACGCCGUUGAAUCCAAAGGCCGCUGAAGCUUUGGAGGAGCUCAAAAGUGUUCUUCUUGGCCCUGAAGCAAAUCCACAUACUUUGCACCUCACAGCCCAAGAUCUAUCCCGGGGGUCCAUCAUUCUUAUGGAUAACCGUCGCUGGUUACAUGCGCGAAAUCAUGUCAAGGAUCCAAAUCGACAUCUGCGACGAGUUCGGUGGGAUGCAAGACCAUUCGGUGCUUCUUUAAUUACACCCUGA